AUGUCUGGACCGUCAUCCUCGAUCGCGGGACCAUCGACCACCCCCGAGGUGCCGCUCACCAUCGAACCGGUCCACAUCUACCACACUCCUCAACCCACUCAAACCCAUCACCCUUCGUCGCUGGAUAUGUUCGACCGCGAACCCGCGUUGCACGACAUCACCCCCUCCGGAACCAACAUCUUCCAACCGCGCAAACCCGCCGCCGCCCAGCUCAGCGAAGACGUGCUUCGCCUAUGGAGUGAACGAGGAGACUUUUCGCGCUUCCAAACAUCUUCUUUGCUCGCGAAACGUCCACACUCCCCCUCGUCCUCGAGCAGUGGCGAUGACGAUUCACCUCGUCCUGCUCUCGAACAACAGGAUGAGCUGACGCGCGGAGGGAAUGAGAAGAUCGGAGGAACCAUUGCGGAAAGCGAGUUCGUCAAGCUACGCAACACCGUACUCGGCAACCUCGACGUGGCACACUUCAAUUCGAUCCAUGCACAUCAACUGCUCGGAAUGUUGAUCAAACAACAUCGUUCCACGAUACCCAGCAAUACACUGGCAGGCGGGGGUGGGGGAAAGAUGGGUUCGCCAGCACCGAGUGUUUCCGGACAAUCUGCACGAUCGGGCUCCACCACCGCGGCCGUCACACCAGCUGUGACGAAGGCACCUCUGGGGAUAUUCGGUCAUCUCAACGCUCAAAAGGCGGAAGAAGAGUUCAUCCUCGAUCCGCUAGCCAUAUCCCUCUCGCGGACCUCCCUCAACCCUAAUACUACCCGGAAGAAGGAGAAGGAAGAGGAAGACGAGGAAGAGGACUUCGAUGUGGAUCCGACCUCGGCAGAGUAUGCGCUGAAACAGGCCUCCAAAGAGCAAGAGUCUGCGCCGGGGUACAGAGAAAACCAGUUGAAGGAGUUCAAGAUUGUGCUGGAGACCAAGAGGAAGGCGAUGGAGAGUGCGGCGGAGCUGCUGAGUGCGGCAGCGGGGGAGUUGAGGAGCGGACAGGGGGCGAAUAGGGAGAGGUGGAGGGGGUUGAUUGGGUUGUAUGGGAGAGGAUGGGGGGUUACACCUGGAAGGCCGUUGUUGGAUGUUGAGAGGUUUGGGGUAGCGGGGGGAGAUGAUGAGGAAGAUGGUGAGGUGGUGGAAGGUGGAGAGUCAGGAGAAGGGAAGGAGGUGAAGAGCAAGAAGAAGGAUGUGAAGCGGAAGGAGGGAAAAAGGGAAAAGGCGACAGCGGCUGGAUUGCAAGGCUUCGGAACACCCAUCAUUACAUCGGAUGGCAAAGUCAAGGAAGAAGGUGCGCGCGACGCGUGGAUCGGAUUCGGCCUCCCCGAAGCGCCGAUCGAGCUGCGCAGGCGAAGUCUCGCCUACUGGGCCGACCUACCCAGCAACCCCAGCGAUCCCGCUGGGUUGACAGCCGAAGAGGUCAAACGCAAACUCGUCUUCCCGGAUCGAAUGCAUCGUCGUCUCCGAGUCAGGUUCGUUCUAUGGCCUCCUUCAUCCGACGGAAAGCAUCAGCAAGACGAUCGAAUCGAAUGGUCCUCCGAUCCCAUCCCCUCAAAGCAAGAGGCAGCACCGGUGGCACUUGGGCACGUACUGGAUCAGGAGCUGCAACAAGCGUCACGAGAGGCGACCGACGAAUUGGUUUUCGGGGAUGUCGUGGCGCAGGCGAGGUUGUUGCCUCCGACGUUUGGGGUGAGGUUGACGUCGAGCUCGGUGCGGAUCGUGUUGACCAAGAGGUUGGAUUGUGUGGUCGAGCUGGUACCUACUGGCAAAGACGAUGGUCCAACGGAGGAUUCGUCUCAAAAGGAAGCCGGGGAGCCGAGCAGGGAAGCAAGGUACGCGCCGCACGCAGCGCUGCUACUAGCAUUCCUGCGGAUGGGACCGCUUCGCAAGUACCACGCCUUCGUCAGCGCAACACACGAAGCGAGGAAAGCAGAUGCGGCUGCGCGUGCAGCUGCGAUCAAGGCUGCUGCACUAUCCGUGCCGAAAAAGUCCAACGCCGCAGGAUCGGCGGAGGCAAGUGCAGCGAGUAAGACCGAGGCUGCGACCGGCGGGAAAGGCGGGGUCGGCGCGGGGGGUCGUUCGACCAGCGCUGCGUUGUGCAAGCUCGACUCGGUGGGUCCCGUUCUGGUUGGACUUCACUACUGGUCCUUCGUCCACCGUCUGGGUAGCGUGCUACGGGAUGUUCAGGAGAAAGCGCUUCAGCGUGGACUGAAGGUUUCCAUCCAACUCAUUCCCCUGACCGUCCCAUCCACAGCCGGUGGUUCGGCGAGCCUGGCACACCUCACCUCGACACUAGCUCAGAUGUUCGACGCAACCGCAUCCCACCCUUACCCCACCACGCCGAACACCGAGAGGAAUGCAGCCAACAUCCAUUCGAUCUACACGUCCCCCGAUCAAACCGCACUGUCCGCACUCAAGGGACACGCCAAGAUCUUCGUCGCUACGCAGAGUGGUGGUGCGCGGGUGGCGGGGAACAGGUUGGUGUGCACGUGCAGCUUUGCUCAACCGAGCUUGCUCAGCGUCCAGUUUUCAGGUGGUAGAAUGGGGAAAGGCGUGGCGUUGACGAACAAGCCGCUGGCGGUAAAUUUGGACACGUUGCGUGAGCUGGUGGAGAAACAGCUGGGUCAGCUCUGA